AUGCACCACGCAGCUCUACUCGCCUUCUGGUACCGUCGCAAGCAACGCCGACGCCGUGAUCGUAAGCCACGCACAGCAUUCCAACUACGACUCGAUGCCGAAGUGCGUCGUCGGCGCGACCGACGCGUAACUCGACAAGCUCUCGUCUCGCCAUCGAUGUCCCCGUUCGUCGUCUUGUUCAACUCCGGCAGCAACCAAUCCUUGAUCACGUUAACGGGGUUCGACCAUACAACUUUUGCCUACCUGCUCACCCGAUAUGCUCCUCUCUACGACUCAUACUCCCCAUAUUCAACUGACGGUUGCAUCCGUCAACUUCAGCGCGAAAUCAACGUUGGCGGGAGAUCACGCAGCACGACCGCAGCGAUGAGUCUAGCUUUGGCAUUGGCCUGGACCCGGACACGCGGCUCUGAAUACGUUUUGUGUAUGCUUUUCGGCAUCACAAACACGGUUUGCUCUCUUUUCCUACGAUUCAGUAGAAGAAUUCUCCGAAAAGUACUAGCCAACGACGAGUAUGCUGGUGUACGGGUUCCAACGAGGAGUGAAGUAAUCAGCUUCCAAAGUGUUAUAUCCGCCAAGUACCCUGUACUUCCCGACGUUUUUGCCGUAGCCGACGGUCUGCUGUUUACUCACCGACGGCGCGGUAAAAUUGAGUUCUUCGGCUAG